UACCAAAACAACGUUCUACACAGAACUGUUUUAGAAUAUUAUGACAAAGACCAAUUCUCUACUGCCAAAAAAGUUCUGCUAUCAGUUUCUAAACGCUAAUGCUGCUACACAUACGUGUGCAGAACGACAAAUUGGCAACGCUACGGCAACUCCCUAUUCGUUCUCUCCAUAUGUCAAGGGCGGUCAAGAUAUGUGAAUCGUACUAUUGGAGUUACUAUGGUUACCUCAAAGCUACUGAGUAAACAAUGUAUCAGUUUCGCCAAGGGCAGUGUUUUGCUUUGGGGUUUAUUAGUAUUCCAAAGUAAAAAAAAUUCGAAAUUUUCACUUGAUUUUGUUCCAUCUGCAAGAAUAUGGUGAAACUUACGUCUACACUGGUGACACGCAAAACGCGGAAAAAAUCCAGACCUGAAAAUGAUACUGAUAUCCUUAGAAAACUAACACAUCUUCACUUGCAGGGCAAUUUCAUAGACACAAUAGGUGAUAUUUCACAAUGCAAGAAUUUAACAGUUAUAUAUUUACAAAACAAUUGUUUGACAAAAAUAGAAAAUUUAGAACAUGCUACUCAGUUGACUCACUUAUACCUCCAAAGAAAUAAAAUCAGCAAGAUUGAAAAUUUAAAUGGCCUGAAAAAUCUUAAGAAACUAUACUUAGGACACAACUGUAUAGCUGUGAUUGAGGGAUUAGACAAGCUUUACAAUCUGGAAGAGCUGCAUGUACAGAGACAGCAGCUGCCACAAGGAGAAACUCUACACUUCGAUCCAAGAACUAUGAAAGGGCUCGCUAGAUGUCUGCAUACUUUGGAUGUUACUAGUAAUGGAAUGACAUCAGUUGCUGACUUAGAGUGCCUAAAUGAACUGAAAUGGUUGAUUGCUCAAAAUAAUUGUCUCUGUGACAUCAUGGACCUAACACGGGUUGUGUCCCAGUGGAAUAACAUCACCAGUUUGGAGUUAGAAGGCAACCCAGUCUGUUCACAACAAAAGUAUAGGGAAAGACUCAUAACAUGUUCCAACAAGUUAGCAUUGCUGGAUGGGAAACAGAUCAGUGACGCCACAAGGGACUUUCUCAAAAGACUGGAAAUCAACAAAGCAGGGCAUAAACUGGUUUCAAAUCAAACACAUGUUAACUCCACAUUACCUGCAGAUAUCACGAGUGAGUUCCGAGUUUAUUUUAUUUGUGGAACUUUAUUUAAGCAAGUCUUUAUAGCAAUCACUUUACACUUUGCCCUGACCUAUUUUUCAGGUCUAACCAAGAAUUUUACUCCUGGGGUGACAAACUCAAUAACACGUUCCAGCGUCCAAGAUGCCAAACUUAAAGAACUCUCAUGUGAUUACACAACCAAACUGUCCAAGUGCUUUAUGUUCCCAGCUUGGAAGGCAUAUAAGCUAUAAACACAUCAAAUAAAUGUUAAUACAACACUGGGCUCAUUGGAGUUAACAUAUAUCCGAGAAUGAGUAAAUAUUUCCUUUUAGAAACAAAACUACUAUUUUUGGCAUUUGCUGCAUGACACAAUUAGGGUAUUGUAACAACAAUGACUAGAUUCCAUACAAACAUUACAAAUUACUGAAGUGUAUGAGCAGACGUGAGUUUACUACAUUUAACUGUUUUGCAUGGCAAAGGAAUAGAACAGAUGCAACUUCAAAGUUUAAAGUAUGGCUGAAAUAUUUUCUAAAUGACUGAAUUGUGGAUGGGUGAAGUAUAAACAGGUGCAGCAAACCAACCACUAUUACUAGUGAUAUUCCAACUGCAAUGUAAAUACAGCAUAUCAACAAUAAAGACAAUAUUACUGCACAAUUCUGCCCAUCUAUCAACGCUUAUUUUUGGAAACUGGAUCUGUUUCUGUCCUCAGGUGAGGAGAUACUCAGUUGGGUCCCUUAGAAAGAGCUAACCUCCAUUACUGGACAACCCUGACAGAUUCAUGCAGCUAUUUAAUCACCUGAGACCAGGCUAAUUCAGCAGAACAUAACAAGAUCAUCAUCAUCAUCA